UAAAUGUAUAUUGGCAUGUCUCUGUGUGUUUUUUGUGUACCAGGGAAGCUAAAUGUCAAAGAGGAGGAGUUGGAUGAAAUGUUGAAUGAAGGGAAGGGUCCCAUCAACUUUACUGUAUUUCUGGCACUUUUUGGGGAGAAACUCAAUGGUACUGAUCCUGAAGACACCAUACUAGCAGCCUUCAAACCUUUUGAUCCUAAUGGGACGGGCUUUGUUAAUAAGGAUGAAUUUAGACGACUACUGAUGAAUCAGGCUGAUAAAUUCACACCAGAGGAGGUGGAUCAGGCCUUCGCCCUCGCUCCCAUAGAUCCAACUGGAAACAUUGACUACAAGUCUCUCUGCUACAUCAUCACACAUGGAGAUGAGAAGGAAGAAUCAUGAACGGCACAGUUGUGUGAAGGCAUGUCGUGAAGUCCAAUUAAACCCAUCUUACCUAAUAUAAAAAUGCAAAUGACUGCUAUUAAAAUUAUAUCUGAAAGUAUUACACUCUCUCCACCUCAUACCUUUGUAAAACAAUUGGAAAUUAAGAAUUUUCUCAUUUGUAAGUUACUAAUAACUACCAAUAAAGUUUUGGCCUCCUCAAAUACG